UCACAGCAAAUGUGUGGUUGGUGGUUAGGUUUUUGUGUUUGCCACCCUGGGCUUUUAAGUUUACGGUUGUGGAGGCAGGAUAAUUCUAUUUGUGUUAGUUUCAUGUGGAUUUGUGUGUAAUGUCAUAAUUCAAACAAUGGCUCAUGGAAGUGGAGUGUUAUCUUCGGAUAUAAGCAGAAGAAACCCACAAGAUGAAUAUGAGUUGAUUCAGCGCAUAGGAAGCGGGACAUAUGGAGAUGUUUACAAGGCAAAGAGAAUAUCUACAAAUGAACUUGCUGCCAUCAAAGUGAUAAAGCUGGAACCUGGUGAUGAUUUUGGCAUCAUUCAGCAGGAAAUAUUGAUGAUGAAAGACUGUCGCCAUCCAAAUAUUAUAGCAUAUUAUGGCAGCUACUUGCGCAGGGACAAGUUGUGGAUUUGUAUGGAAUAUUGUGGUGGUGGAUCUCUUCAAGAUAUUUAUCACAUUACAGGGCCACUUACUGAACAGCAGAUAGCAUAUAUGUGCAGAGAAACCUUACAUGGUCUUGCUUACCUGCACAGCAUGGGAAAAAUGCAUAGAGAUAUUAAGGGAGCCAAUAUUCUACUAACGGAAGCUGGUGAUGUAAAACUGGCUGAUUUUGGCGUUUCAGCACAAAUAACUGCAACAAUCAAUAAAAGGAAAUCUUUUAUUGGGACUCCCUACUGGAUGGCUCCAGAAGUUGCAGCUGUGGAAAGAAAGGGUGGAUACAACCAGCUGUGUGAUAUUUGGGCAGUUGGAGUGACUGCUAUUGAGUUGGCAGAGCUCCAGCCUCCCAUGUUUGACCUGCAUCCCAUGCGGGCUUUGUUCUUAAUGUCAAAAAGUGGUUUCAAACCACCAACUUUAAAAGACAGAGAUAAAUGGAGCCCAACAUUUCACAAUUUUGUCAAAGUUGCAUUGACAAAAAAUCCAAAGAAAAGGCCAACAGCAGAAAAACUCCUGCAGCAUCCUUUCUUCCAAAGUGAUAUGUCAAAAAGACUUGCGCUUGAACUGCUGCAGAAAGUGAGUAACCCAUCACAUAUGUUCACCGAUCUGGAGCCAGAUGAUGAUGGGGCAAUUCCAAAUGUUCCUCAGAGAAUACCAUCGAAAAGUACAUCAUCAAGAGAUAGAAUUAUGGACUUUGGGUUAACCCAUCACGGAGAAUGUCCUCACAGCACUGUACAGCGAGUUGGAGAGAUUCCAAAGCCACCUGUUCCACAUUUUACUGACAUAUCAAGGCCUUGGGAUAUUGACAUUCUAAACAAUGUAGAGACUGUGCAUAAUUGUGAUUCAACAACAGAUUGGCUGAAGAAUAGCAAUUAUGAGGAAGAUGGCCAGGCAAAUGAAAAAAGAAAACCUACUUCAAGAGUGGGCCGCAAAGGCUUCUUAAAAUAUGAGAAGGAUUUCGAGGCUCGGAAAUCUCAAGCUUCAAAACCACGUCUCACUGGAACUGCUGUCAUUAAAAUGUCACUCAGGAGUCUUUUGCAGUACAUAGAUGAAGAACUUAUCCUGAGGGGAAAUCAUCUACCUCAUUUGACUACAUCAGAAGAUUUUUAUUCACAACAGGCUACCUUGCCUGUAGGGGAAACCUCCCACGCUCCUAGCCAUGAGCACCACUGUGAUAUACAUCGGAACAUGAAUUUCUUCAACCAGUUCCCAGGCUCAGGAUCAUCACCAAGAAAGCACAAUUCUCUGGAUGAAAUGUGUGGAAUAGUGGCAACAUUGACAGUCAAUGGGCAGCGACAGCGCUCUCUUAGUGAUAGUGGUGCUGCAGACAAGGAGAUUUGUACUAAUGGUGAUGCACUGGGAUCUGGUCCUGAACCAGAUUUGUUGUCUGAUACACCUCCAGUCCCACCACGAAGAAGGGAAAAGAAGAGACUGACACCUCCAAGACCAGUGAGCAAUGGUUUGCCUCCAACACCCAAAGUUCACAUGGGUGCAUGCUUUUCGAAGGUGUUCAAUGGCUGUCCAUUGCGUAUACAUUGUACUGCAAGUUGGAUUCAUCCGGAUACAAGAGACCAACAUAUUCUAAUAGGUGCAGAAGAAGGAAUAUACAACCUGAACUUGAAUGAAUUACAUGAUGCAGCCAUAGACCAAUUGUAUCCUCGAAGAACCAUAUGGAUGUAUGUUAUUAAGGACAUACUAAUGUCCCUUUCAGGUAAAACACCACAACUAUAUCGUCAUGACUUGCUGGCCCUUCAGAGCAAACAAACACACAGGUUUUCUCUACAUAUGAACAAAAUCCCAGAGAAACUAGUCCCACGCAAGUUUGCAUUAACAACAAAAGUUCCAGAUACAAAAGGAUGUACAAAAUGCUGUGUGGGCAGGAAUCCAUAUAACGGGUACAAAUAUCUUUGUGGAGCAAUGCCUACAGGAAUAUUUCUGAUGCAGUGGUAUGAUCCACUGAAUAAAUUUAUGUUGUUAAAGCACUCAGAAUUCCCUUUGCCAUCACCACUGUCAGUUUUUGAAAUGAUAAUUACACCUGAAAUGGAAUAUCCGAUGGUGUGUGUGAGUGUGAAGCAAGCAUAUGAACAAAAUAGACUUAGACUGGAUUUAAUAAACAUGAACUCUGGUGCAAGUUGGUUCCAUAGUGAUGAACUAGAAGAUUUAGACGGAACAGCAACUGUAAUACCUCGGCGGGAAAACCUCAACAUAGUGAAUGUAACACAACUUGAAAAAGAUGCUAUCCUUGUAUGCUAUGACAAAACUGUAAAAAUCGUUACACUCCAAGGUCGACCAGUAACGUCAAAGAAAAACAUUGGUCAUAUGCAGUUCGAUUUUGCUAUUGAAUCUAUAGUCUGCCUACCAGAUAGUGUUCUUGCAUUUCACAAGCAUGGAAUGCAAGGUAGAAGUUUCAAAAAUGGAGAGAUAACUCAGGAAAUAACUGAUAAAAGUAGAAUAUACAGGUUACUUGGUUCUGACAAGGUUGUGGUUUUAGAAAGUCAUUCGUGCCAAGAAAUUCAAAGAGGUGGCACCCUUACAGAAGAAGGUGCUGACCUGUACAUACUAGCUGGCCAUGAAGCAAGCUAUUAGUUCAAUUCUGCACAACUGUGAUCAAAUAAACUUUUAAUUUUUAAAAACAUCUAAGACUAUUGAUGGAGUAUUUAGCCUGUUUCUUUAACAGAAUUCCAGGACCCACACGGGCAGUUGUAAAUAAUAUUUAACAAUGAAAAGAAAACCUGCAUGCACACAAGUGUACAACUAGUCAAAGUUUUAUAUUCAACUGCAGUUUAUGAAACUUUUCUUGGUUAAGCUGCUGUUCCUGUCCCAAUUAUAAAACACUGUAAUAUAUAUUUUUCGUACUGUUCAUGCUCUAAUAGUGCACACUUCUCUUGUUAUAGGUUGUUUUAAUUACAUAACUUGGUGAUGAACCACUUCUCCCCAUUUCCAUCAUCAUUGCUCAGUUUUCAUAGUAUUAGAAUAUUCUGAUGAUGAGUGACAUUAUUUAAUUUGCAGUUAUGUUGCUAGUUUAUGUGGCUGAGAUGAAGUUAUCGGUGUGUGUAUAUGAGAGUUCAAGCUGUUGUGAAAUAUCUUUCAUUGUUAUUCUCAUCAGAUGAAUUUUGCUACAGAUUUAUUAUAUGAAUACCAAAAAUAACAAACUUUGUGAUAUUGAAAAAAUAAUGUACAUGUUGUUCAUUAGUCAAGAAAGGUAGUGCUAUUCCCCAGAAAAGUUGUGAAUAUAAAGCUUUAUAUUUUGGCUAUAUCUGUAUGUAAGUAUGUAUGUAUGUACGUAUGUAUUUAUGUAAAUAUUAUGAAUAGACAUUGGAAGAAGUUAUUUAAAUAAGAGACAUAAAUAUGAUGAUAUUAUCACUAUGGUUCACUCUAAGAACUUACAUUUCAUGUGAAAUGCACAUUCUGUUUUCAUCAUAUCACUUGUAAUAUUUGUUCAAGAACUCAUUCGCACAAUUUUUAAAGUAUUUAUACUCAUUUUCAUUACCUUAUUUCUACACUGUAUACUAGCUUUGUUGUUUUCUUACGAUGUACUGAGGAGUCAUUUUGUAUUACUGCAUGUGAGUGAGGUCAAACAUAUGUGAUAAACCUUUUUCAGUAUUGUUAAGUGUAAUUAUUUAAGACAGGCAAAUUCUUUGUAUUACUGCAGAUAGACCAGAUCCCUUAAACUGUAAAUAUAUUUUAUUAUGUCUUGGGACCUUGAUUCUAAAAAUGAAAUUAAAUCUGCAAUAAUUACUGCAGAAA